CACACCUCCUUGCAAACAUUUCAAACCCUCUCCUCUCUCUCCUCCUAUAAUCAACUCAAACCCUUUUCAUAUCUAAAACAAACAAACAAACAAAAAAUGGUAGGCUUAGGAUCAAGAAUCAGCUCAGGACUUCCACCUGGAUUCAGAUUCCACCCCACCGAUGAAGAACUAAUCAUCUACUACCUUCGCAACCAAGCUACAUCAAGACCUUGCCCUGUUUCGAUCAUCCCCGAAGUCGAUAUCUACAAAUUUGAUCCAUGGCAGCUUCCCGACAAGGCGGAAUUUGGAGAGAAGGAGUGGUACUUCUUCACCCCACGUGAUCGCAAGUACCCUAACGGCGUCAGGCCAAAUAGGGCGGCCGUGUCCGGCUACUGGAAAGCGACAGGCACCGACAAACCCAUCCAGAGCGACUCCAAAUACGUGGGCGUAAAGAAAGCCCUUGUCUUCUACAAGGGCCGCCCGCCUAAGGGUGUCAAGACCGACUGGAUCAUGCACGAGUAUCGCCUCAACGAAUCACGAUCCCGACCCUACAAGCAGAAUGGCUCUAUGAGGUUGGACGACUGGGUGCUGUGCAGAAUCUACAAGAAGAAGAAUCUAGCAACAAGUAUAGAACAUCGUCCGAUUAAAGUCGAAGAUUCGUCAACAUCCAGUCAUAAUCAGAUUGCAUCUACAAGCACUAGCGAAGAGCAAGAAGCUGCAAACAGAUUUCCAAGAACUCAUUCGUUAAAUCAUUUAUGGGAAUUCGAUAAUUACAUGGGCUCCUCCAUCUCCCACCUUCUCAAUGACAACUCUUCCUACAAUAAUCUGAAUGUGGCCUUCAAUAAUCAAGAAACUUACAAUGGGAUUCAAUUUGGACAAGCAGUUGUUCAGCAAUCGUCGGAUUCUGCAAAAUCCCACGUGCACCAGACGACGUUUGUGAACCCGGUUUAUGAUCAGUUUCAGUAAUUGAUGAAGAUGGAUUGAGAAAGAGAUGAGGACUAAUUAAGUGUACAGAAGAAAUGGUGGGGAUGGAAUCGAUCAGUCGUUUUCGAUGUAGAAAAUAUCUUAUUUGGAUUCUUAGCUGUUUGUCUGUGCAUUAUUAUCCAUCUAAUUAGUUACUAAUUAGCUUUCUUAGUUUAUUGAUUAUUCAUAAAGUUAGGGGUUUGUAUAUAUACUUAUCUGAUUUUGGAAAGGUAUAAAGAAACUUCUUGUUAUGAUGGA